AUGAAUCCCACCUCCUCAGACCCAUUAGCCGCGCCGCCGCCGCCGCCGCAGCUGCAGCAGCCUCCGAGAUCCUCCUUCAGCUGCGACCGCCACCCUGCCGAGCAGUUCACCGGCUUCUGCCCCUCCUGCCUAUGCGAGCGCCUCACCACCCUAGAUCACUCCUCCUCCAACACUCCCUCCUCCUCUCGCCGCCCUUCCUCCGCCUCCGCCGCCAUAAAGUCCCUGUUCUCCUCCAAAAACGCCUCCCUCCCGCCGCCGCCUCCGGCGGCCACCAAAACCUCGAAACCCUUGUUUUUCCCCGAGCUGCGCCGGACCAAGUCCUUCUCUGCCUCGAAGAACGAGGCCCUCGGGCUCUCGUUCGAGCCACAAAGGAAGUCCUGCGAUGUCAGGGCGAGGAGCACCCUCUCGACCCUCUUCACGCUCGACGGCGGUGCUAAAGCGGCCGCCGGAAACAUAAAUCUGAACUGCAGCAAACCCUCCUCAUUCCCGGCCUCCUCAAUUGCCUCAGCCUCUCACCAAAACCCACCAAACGCCAAAAAAAUCGAAUCUUUCGUAACCAAUGAAGCGGAAAAUGAUUCCCACAAGGACCCUGUUCUUGUGUACGAUGAUGUCACCAAUGACGAUGGAGUUGAAAUUAGGCCCGUUAGAGACACCCAUUUGGAAAAUUUGAGAAAUUCGAUUGCAAACGAGUUCAAUAGCAAUGAGAUAGUUGAAGAAGACGACUCGGCCGGUGUUAGCAACAGCUUGAAGCCUAUGAAAGACCACAUUUACCUCAACACUCAAGAAAAGAAGAGCUCGGGAGGUGGGGGGUUCUGGUCUGCAGCCUCGGUUUUCAGCAAAAAGUGGCACAAAUGGCGGCAGAAGCAAAAGACCAAAAGUUCCUCCACAAAUGGCUGCAAUUUUGCAGCUUUGCCGGUUGAAAAGCCGAUGUCGAGGCAGUUAAGGGAGACCCAGUCCGAAAUCGCCGACUACGGCUUCGGCAGGAGGUCCUGCGACACGGGCCCAAGAUUCUCCCUUGACGUAGCCCGAAUAAGCGUCGACGGCCCAAGAUACUCGUUCGACGAGCCACGGGCCUCGUGGGAUGGCCACUUGAUUGGCCGGAGCUUCUCGAGAAUGGCCCCUAUGGUCUCGGUCAUGGAGGACAGUCCAUCUUCCGGCACGCGACAUAUCGCACGCUCGGACAUGCAGAUUCCGGUGGAGGGCAGUUUGGUAAUUUGUGCGAAGGAUGGCGAAAACGUUCCGGGAGGGUCGAUGCAGACGAGGGAUUACUAUCUCGACUCGUCCUCCUCCCGGAGGAGAAAGAGCCUGGACAGGUCCGACGAGAUGAGGUCGGUUUCUAAUGCAAAUGCCGAUUGCUUUGCUGAAUUGAUGGCUGGUGAGAAAAACUGUAAUACGAAUAACUUGAGGGAUUCGAGCGUAAAUUCACAGUCCUUCUUGAAGGAUGAUUGUUAUGAGACGUUCGAGUUGAGCAGUGGUGUGUUUGGGGAGAAGAAGGAGCCGAAAAAGUCGAGGAGGCCGUGGAGUUGGAGGAUAUGGGGUUUUAGUUUCAUAAAUCGACGUAAUAGUAAGGAUGAGUAUGAGGAUGAGAAAAACUGUGGGGGGAAUGGGGUCGAAAGAUCAUUUUCCGAGUCUUGGCAAGAUUUGAGAUUGAAAAACGGGGACUUUAAGGGUCAAAUGAGCCGGAACAUGUUAAGGAGCAAUAGUAGCGUGAGCUUGUUUAGGAGCAUGAGCAAAUCCGGUGGAGAGAUUAACGGGAGAAAGAAAAAGGACGAGUUUGUUUUGGAGAAAAAUCGGAGUGUGAGGUACUCCGCUAACGAAGUUUCGGAUAAUGGGCUUUUGAGAUUUUACUUGACGCCUAUGAGGAACAGUAGCCGGAAAGUGGGGUUCAAACCGAGUAAUUCACACUCGAUUGCUAGGAGCGUGCUGAGGCUGUAUUGA